AUGGCGGCAAACGCACCGUGCGCGCAAGGGACGUCCGUGGUCGCGCACACCGGCGGCUUUUUGCCCGGAUACCGAUUAUUCUACGUGACGUUCCCACAGCCUCCGAUCGGCGGGCCCCUCGGCGGAAUUGUGGCGGAUUCCUUCGGCGAAUUAGCGAAUCACCUGUCUAAUUACGGCGCGAACCCGUACGAUACGGGCACAUCCUUCCGUUCCGACAAUGCGGUCGUUUCGAGGAGUACAAUCGAGAACGCAAAUGUCACAAAUCGGAUAAGCCAGUUCGCCGGCCGGGGUACAGUCGCGUUCAAGACGUGCAUUAACAUAACAAAAGUGUCGAACGGCGAAUUGUCAAUCCAGCAAUCCGAAAUUUACAAGCGAUCGGGAGGGAGGGCGAACGAACAAAGUGGCGUCUUUCGAAUGCAAAUUUGCCGGUGGGACCAUCGACGACUGCGGUCCCGCCUUCGAUUCCCGUACGCGCGGUUCGGGUUUCAAUACCGACAGCCGACCGAAAUAGACGCGCCGAGAUCGCCGAUAGCGCGGCAGAUGCGCCGCGUUACUGUCCCAGGGUCCGACGCGUUGGGGGUCAACGGUUGCUCGCCGUUACCAACUUUGAGGGCGGGGUCAUUAGGCGACGUCGAACAACUA